GGGCGGAGGCAGAACGAGACACAUUACAUUACAGAAAUAUCAGCGGAUUGAUUUUUUGGUGAUGCCUUAUCAACUACAGGGGGUUUGCUUAACAAAGUAUUCAUAAUUGACAAGGCUUCAUCAAAAAAAAAAAAAUCAACCCGCUGAUACUUCUGAUUACAACUGCUUGCCGGAACAAAAGUGCGCUAUGGCAGAGGAACAAAAGCGCGCUGGUGUGGCGAUCACGGUCUUGUGUAUCCAAUGUUCUGCUGCAUCCUGCGCUCCCUAUCGUCCUCUCCUCUAUAACAAGCAAAGAAGGAGGAUAACAAAGACAAAAGGGCGCGGCCAGUCUGCUGUACUAAACAAAUACAUCUCUACCACAAACUUCAAAUUGAUGGCCUGCACGAUGCUUUCCAGUACCCAACUGGAACUGUGAUUCCGACCCUGUGUCUCCACUGUCCUCGUCCAUCCUACCGUUCUUCGUACCCUGGCACCAGCACUCAUCUGGAGGGCUGAUCAUGCUCUUCCUUGCCUUGGCUCCUGCUCCGUCCUACCCUUUAUGCAUUUUAAUCAUCUGUAAUGGCCGAGAAAAGGAAGCAAAAAGAUGUGGUUAGUCUACUGUAGCCAGACUCUAUGGGAUAUAACGCCUGAACUUGGUUGGAGUC